AUGGUCCUCCCUGGCACUUCGGCCGCGGCCGUUACCCAUGAAGACUCGACAGUUUCCCUCCGCCUUCCACCAUUUCGGAGUCAAGACCCCGAACUUUGGUUUGCGCAGGUUGAGCGCCAAUUCGACGCCCGGUAUAUCACAGCGCAGUCUUCCAGAUUUGGCCACGCCGUUAGCGCCCUUCCAGUCGAAAUCGUUGCUGAGAUCCGUGAUCUUAUUCUCAGUCCACCAGCGCAAGCUCCGUAUGACACGCUAAAGCGCGAGCUCCUUGAUAGAACAGCGCUCUCCAUCCAUCGCCGCUUACAACAACUGCUGGGCGCAGAAGAACUGGGCGCCCAAAAGCCUUCACAGUUACUUCGCCGUAUGAGGCAGCUUACGGGAAGCACUCCACUUGACCCCGCUAUUAUGCAACAGUUAUUUCUUCAGCGCCUUCCAUCCGACAUACGCGUUGUUCUAACAGCUGCUGAUAAAAUGUCGUUGGAUGAUCUUGCCCACCUUGCCGACCGCAUCCUCGACUUACGUACACAAUCUUCCUCGGCAUCCCACCCACUCUGCGCUUCGCGCGCUGCGCCUUUCCUCCAUCCGUCUCAGCCAGCUGCCCUGUCUAUCCCCGAAUCUGCCGUUCAGCUUGUCGCCACAGACCUCACGACGACUGUCAACAGCCCGCAGUGCGGCGUAAAUCGUCUGACUGAGUUGGUGACAGGCCUGACUACCCUUGUGGUACACGCAACCGCGUCACGUCACCGCUCACCAUCUCGCUUUCGCUACGUGGCCGUCAAUCCCGCACUCGCCAUUACUCGCCACGUCGAUACCGCUCGCCGUCACCAGCACAAGUUCCUCACCAGCACAACUUCCGCGCCGUUACCAGCACAAGUUCCCUUCUGCUGGUAUCACCGCACCUUUGGUGCGCACGCCCGCCAGUGCCAACCACCAUGCUCGUGGGAGGGAAACGUUCCCCCCAGCACCUGA